UGCAUGCCUGCCCUCCAUUAGAGUGCAGCAGCCUGCUGGUCUGGGUCUUUGGAAAGGAAAGGACUAGAGAGCUGCUCUGUUAAACUAAGAUAGUCUCACUUAGAUUUCCAGUCUCACUGGGUUGGGUGGGGCCAGAACUGCUGGCUUCACAAGGCCCAAAUUACCAAACACAUUUACUUUGGAUCACAGCUCUUGAAUGAAAUAACCGUCCUCUCUCGCUCUUUCCUCAGUUACGGAGGAAUGCUGAGUGCUUACAUGAGAAUCAAAUACCCUAACCUUGUGGCUGGGGCACUCGCUGCGAGUGCUCCUCUGUUGUCUGUGGCUGGGAUCGGAGACCCCAACGAGUUCUUUCAAGCUGUCACUGCAAAUUUUCAGAACGCAAGUCCAGCUUGUGCCAAGGCUGUGAGCAAAGCCUUCCAGGAAAUCAACGACCUCUACUUGAGUGGAGCCUAUGAUAGAAUCAGCAGUGAAAUGUCCGUGUGCCAGAGACUUUCUUCCAAGGAAGACAUCUACCAGCUGUUUGGGUUUGCUCGAAAUGCCUUUACCAUGAUGGCCAUGUUGAACUACCCUUACAAAACAGACUUCCUGGGUCACUUGCCUGCUCACCCUGUCAAGGUGAGUGCAAGGGUGCUGGAGGGGUCAAGAAGAGCUUUUAAACCCUCUAGAGACCAUGAAUGUUAUCAUGUUUUGAAUUGUUUUCAUUUUGUCCUGUCACUAAAUAGAUCUGGAACCAAUUGCUCAGGUGUGGAUGGCUGAGGUCAGCCUCAGCCAAACUCUGCUUUCACUCAAGUUACACACAAUACAAGCACAUUGACCCGAACUUUUAGAAGUAUCUAAACAUGUCAGAAGCCUCUGUCGUUCAGUUGUCCAACUUGAGACACCUUUCGCAGAGUGAUAGGACUAGAAGAGACCUUGAGAG